AUGACGAAGGGUGUAGGGACUCAUAAAAAUUCUAAACACAAGGCUAUAGACAUAAAUAAAAAGCUGCUUAUAAUUAAAUCAAAUGAUGAUAUAAAAAAAUUAAUAAAAAAGGAUAACCCUUCCAAUGAUGAGAUUACUUCAUUAAAAGCUAUGUUAGAAAGUAGUACGCAGAAAGAGGAGAAAAAAAAAAGAAAUAUAGUAAUACCAAGAUUUAAAAUAUGUGAAGAUACAAAUUAUAAGUUAAAAAAGUUUGAAAAACCGACCCAUUAUAUAAGAUAUGAAUUAUAUAGAGAUCAAGUUACAGGAAUAAAGUUGAGCGAUGGUUGUAUUAUUCAUUAUGAUUUAUUAAAAGAAGAUGAACUAUUUUUAGAGAGUUUAAAUUCGUAUUUAAAUAUUCAUGUAAACGAAGAAGAUUUUUGUAAGUUAAUAGACAAAUUUGAAAAGUUAACAGGGAAUUCAGAAAAUAAAGAAGAAAUAAAUUUUAAAGAUGCAUUAAAAGCAGCAGUAGAUUUAAAAAUUAAUUAUAAAACUAAUAUUAUUAAGGAUAUUUAUACCUAUUGGAAAGCUAAAAGGAAAAAAUUAGGUAGACCAUUAUUGCGUAUGUUUUGGAAUAAUUCUCAGAAUAUUUUACCCCAUUAUUCAGUUUUUAGAUCAAGGGUUAAAGAAAAAAUGACUUUAAGAAAGCACAAAAAAAAAAACAGCGAAAUAAUAGUAAAGAUGCAAGAACUUAUAGAUGAUUUUAAAAGAUUAGAUAGAAUUUUAAGAAAAAUGAAGCAAAGAGAUGAAAAAAAAUUGUUAUUGCUACAAUUGAAUUCAAUCUUAUUUGAUCAAAAGAAAAAUGAGAUAAAGGAUAAGACGUACGUAUGUCCCAUGUGGAAUUAUUUCAAGGAUUACAAAAUGGAGAAAAUUUAUAAAAAAUUUAAAAAAGACAAAUAUUAUAAAAGCCUGUACAGCAACACGAAUACUAACAAUAACAAUAGCAACAACCACUACAGUAAUAGCAUUAAUAAAUAUAACUAUAAUUAUAACAGUUAUAACAAUGGUUACAGUAACAGUUACAAUAACAGCUUCAAUAGUAGUAGCUUUAAUGUUAAAAGUAAACUUAAUAGCAAAUACAGUGAUAACAGUAACCCCCAAAUUACCAGUAAAUAUAAUAGUAAUAGUACUUUUAAUUUUAACAACAAUUAUACCAAUUUUACCAGUUUUACCAAUUUUAACAGUUUCACAAAUUUUACCAAUUUUACCAGUUGUAGUAACGAGUGCAUAGUUAAUAAGAAGAUUAUGAAAAAGGCAAAACACUCAGGGUCUUGUGAACAUUUGAACCGUUUUAAAAUCAAUCCAAAUGAGUAUAAAAAUGUGGUGUUAAUAAAAAGAAGGGGCCGAAGCAAUAGAAUAUGGAUAGAUCGAAAAUAUGUAGAUGAUAUAAAUAAUGAAGAUCUAAUGUGUUGUGAUUUGUCCUAUGCCUUUAACGAUUUGGUAGAUGCAUCAUUAUGUUUAAAAAGGAAUUAUGAAGAGGAUAUGUGUAACUAUAUUGCAGGAACACAAAAACAUAUACCUAUAAAAUUGAAUAUAAAAAGUGGAGACUUAAAAAAUUUGGACUCGAACUUUUUUAGCAAUAAUAAAAAUAUGAACAAGCAAAAUGAAGAAAAAGAUACAGAUAAGGAUGAUAAUAAAAAUGGGGAAGUUCUAUAUGAAAAGUGUGAAGAAGUUAAAAGAGAAAAAAAAAGAAAAAGAAAAGAAGAACAUAAGAAAAAUAGUUCACAUUGUCAAAGCAAUAAUUUGCAUUCAUCAACAGUGCAGGAAGAGGUCGAUGUACCCGCUAAGCAUAGUCAUGCAUUUGCGGACCACUCAAAUUAUAAGAGCUACUAUGUAAUUGAUAGCGCGAAAUCUACUGCCACUGUGAAUAAUAAUAACAAUAGCAGUCAUUAUAAUAAUAAUGAUAGUAUUAAUAAUAAUAGAAAUGGUAGUAAUAACGAUAAUGCUAGUAAAAAUAACAACAAUAAAAAUAGUGAAAGUAAUAAGUACGAAAGUAGUAAGUACGAAAGUAGUAAGUACGAAAGUAAUAAGUACGAAAGUAAUAAGUACGAAAGUAAUAAGUACAAGGGGCGAAUGCUUUCGAGCGCUUCAGUCAACAAAACCGCAAAUGAAUGUAUAAGCGGCAAAACAAACGGCAAUUGCGUCUUAGGAGAUAUAGUAAAAGAUGGCACAACAAUAAAAACAGUUAAUGAGGACGGUUUAAACAUGUUUGAACCGAAUGAUAAAAAUGAAAGCAAUAGUUCUUUGUACAAUUACAGUCAGCAGCAUUACAAAACCAUUUUUCAUUUUGAAGAUAUGAUUAAUCCGUUGAUCAAUAAAGAUAACUAUAUAUUUUGUUUAAGUAAAUAUGCAUGUGUUCAGAAAAGAAUACUAUUUUACCUGGAAAAUAUGUUGAAUUUUGAUAAUUUUAGAAGUAGAAAAAAAGAAGUCAAUCGAAAUUCAACACAAAAUGAACUUGUUAAUACAUUAACUGCAAAAGUUGUUAAGGGAAAAAAUAACAAAGAGUCAAAUUGUGAUGAGUUGACUAUAACCUGA